AUGGCUGGGACACUGGGCCUGUCGUGGCUCGUCUUCAUACUUGUUUUCCUUCUGGUGGGACUGCAAGGAGAACCAAAGGACGCGGCUCAGAGUCGAAGCAGCAGGGACGCCAGCGAUGACCGAGCUCGUAUGCUGUCAGAAGACGGCCAUCUCGUCUUCACAACUGGUGCCAAUAAAGAGAUCCGCUUCCAGGCGUCGGGCCGGAUCAAAGUGGGUGAUGAGGACCUCACCCAGCUGUUGAGUCAGAUCAAAGUCAACAAAGAUGACAUUGACGACAUUAAGUUUAAUGGAGGAGCCAUCCCCCCUGAUAUCACCAACAAGCUGCAGCAGCUCGAUACCAAGGUGUCAACGCUUGAGACCAAAGUGUCGGCACUAGAACUGACCGUCCAGACCAAGUCCUGCAGCAGUAAUCCCUGCCAGAACGGAGGAACAUGUCUGAAUUUAUUAAACUCAUACCACUGUGUGUGUCCCACCAACUGGGCUGGUCCCGACUGUGCAGCUGAUGUGAAUGAGUGUCAGGUGUAUUUGGGCACGUUGCAGGCUUGUCAGAAUGGAGCAACCUGUGUCAACACAGCUGGAUCAUUCACCUGCACCUGUUCUCCAGAAUGGUCCGGGACUCUCUGCACUGUGCGCUAUGAUGACUGCAGGAACGCAGGACAGAACCUUUGUGUACAUGGCAUGUGUAUUGACGCAGAUCGGGUCGUAACUGGACAGCCAAAGUACCAGUGCAUCUGUGAGAGUGGCUGGGAGGCUGCAGCCGACAGCCCAGCAUGUGUGGCUGACGUCAACGAGUGCAACCUGCCCAACAAGCCAUGUUCAACAAACCCUCCUGUCUCCUGCUACAACACCGAUGGUUCCUUCUACUGUGGAGCCUGUCCCUCUGGUUGGCAAGGCAAUGGCUACAGCUGUCAGGAUGUGGACGAAUGCUUGACCAAUAAUGGCGGCUGCUCCACCACUCCACUGGUGCAAUGCCUCAACACCAUGGGCUCCUUCCACUGCGCUUCCUGCCCUCCAGGUUAUGAGGGCGACGGGAGAACCUGCACACAGAGCAACAUCUGUGCUGCCAACAAUGGAGGCUGUUACCCACUCGCUAGCUGCUCCUCCAGCCCAGGCUCCAGCCUUCCUGUAUGUACCUGCCCACCAGGCUACACAGGUAACGGUUAUGGACCAACCGGCUGCACUCAAACCAGCAACAUCUGUCAGACCAGCAACCCCUGUGUUAACGGACAGUGUGCGGAGACCACCACAGCUCCUGGGUACAUCUGCAGCUGCAACGCUGGCUGGGAGGGAGUGCACUGUGACCAGAACGUGGAUGAAUGCUCAAGCAGCCCCUGUCUAAACGGAGGAACGUGCAGCGACGGCAUUAAUGGAUUCACGUGUAAUUGCACCGCCCAGUGGACCGGCCCACUCUGCCAGACCCCACAGCAAGAAUGUGGGGGUUACCUGACUGGCCCUGCAGGUUCCUUCAGCUAUCCCAACAACCCAGGGCAUGACGAGUACGAUCACCAGGUCAGCUGUGCGUGGGUGGUCCGUCUUGACUCCAAUCAGAUUCUGCGUAUUACCUUUCCUUUCUUCCAUCUGGAGAACAGCCCCAACUGCGUGUACGACUUCCUUCAGAUUCAUGAUGGGGACAGCCCCUCCUCUUACAUGCUUGGAAGAUACUGCGGCCAGAACAACCCACCGGAGCUGCACAGCUCCCACAAUGCCCUGUAUUUCUGGUUCCGCUCCGACCACAUCGUCAGUGCAGGUGGCUUUACAGUUUCUUGGCAGGCUCAGGACCCAGUGUGUGGUGGUGAACUAAAUGCCACCUAUGGCAACAUCAACUCACCUGGUUACCCUGGAAACUACCCGCCAAACCGGGACUGCUACUGGACAGUGAGCGUGGAGCCCGGCCUUCUCAUUACCUUUGCCUUUGGGACUCUAAGUCUGGAACAUCACGCUAACUGCAGCCAUGACUUCCUUGAGAUCCGUGAUGGUCUUCUACCUGAAGACCAAGUUCUGGGCAAAUACUGCAGCACAGCUUCACCACCCCCCCUGCAGACCACUGGCCCAUCUGCAUGGAUCCACUUCCACUCUGACUUUAGUGUGACAGAUCAAGGCUUCCACAUCACAUACACAACAUCACCAGGUGACUCUGGUUGUGGUGGUACAUUCACAGAGAGUGAGAGCAUCAUCAUUUCCCCCAACUGGCCCAACGACUAUGCUCACAACCGCCAGUGUAUCUAUUUGAUCAAGUUGCCCGAGGGUGAGAAGGUGGCGCUGAGCUUCACUCACAUGAGUCUGGAGAGUCACAGCAACUGCACGUUUGACUAUGUGGAGGUACGUGAUGGCAGUCUGGAGACUGAUCCUCUGAUAGGGAAGUACUGUGGGAGCUCCCUUCCAGCUCCGAUGCUCUCAUCCUCCAACUAUCUGUGGAUCCGCUUCAGGUCUGACAGCGCUGUGGCUCACGCUGGCUUCAGGGCGGUCUACACCGUGGCUUGUGGAGGCGCUUUGUCUGGGACUGGCCAGCUUCACUCUCCUUACCACCCCGACGCCUAUCCCCACAACAAGGUGUGUGAGUGGGUGAUCAGCCAGCCACAGGGCUACGUGGUCACGCUGAGCUUCCUGUCCUUUGACAUUGAAGAAGCCCUCUGCCUGAAUGACUUUGUUGAGGUGAGGGAUGGCUCCACAUCCAGCUCUCCUUUGCUGGGCACGUUUUGUGGAGCUGAGAUUCCCCCCAGGCUCCAGACUACUCAGAGAUUUAUGUACAUCCAGUUCAAGACCGACUCCUCGAUCAGCAACCACGGCUUCGAUGCAGUCUACGGCUCUGCCAUAGAGGGCUGUGGGGACACUCUGAGCAGCCCUUCAGGCACCAUCACCAGCCCUGGCCACCCCACCAGCUACCCCCACGGGGCCAACUGUACUUGGUACAUCAGUGUUGUCCCCGGCCACCUGAUCCGGCUGUCGUUUGACUCCUUCAACCUGGAGUACCAUGAUAACUGUAACCUUGACUACCUCGAGGUCUACGACAACGGCACUGUGCAGACGGGACACAAAAUCGGCAGGUUCUGUGGACGUUCGGUGCCGCCGUCCAUCACCAGCAGCGACAACCUGCUCACCCUGCUGUUCGUGUCCGACAAAAGUCUGAACAAAGAGGGCUUCUCUGCCACCUACGUCUCCAUCGACGCCAGCACAGACUGUGGCGAGUCCUUCACCUCCCCGACAGGGUCCUUCAGUUCACCCAACUACCCAAACUACUACCCCAACAGCAGAGACUGUAUCUUCAAGAUUACAGUACAGGUCAAUAUGCAGAUUCUUCUGAACUUCACAGAGUUUGAGUUGGAGGGCUCCCCACCUUCCUGCAGCUAUGACUUUGUGGAAAUCAGAGAUGGCGGCUAUGAAACAUCUCCCCUGAUUGGUAAGUUCUGUGCCAAUCAGAAGCCUCCAGUGCUGGCGUCCCAUAGCAACCGUUUGUGGAUUAGGUUCCGCUCUGAUGCUGGAGUCCCACUCCGUGGAUUUGUUGCCCACUGGGACGGAACACAAACCGGCUGUGGAGGGGUUCUGACCACUGCAUCUGGAGCACUGUCCUCUCCUAACUACCCCCUGCCCUACCACCCUGACACCGAGUGCUACUGGACCAUUAGGGCCAGCCAGGGCAACCAAAUUCAACUCUCUUUUUCCGAUUUCGAGCUGGAGUCCAGCAACGGUUGCUCUUAUGAUUACCUGGCUGUGUAUGACGGCGACAGCAGCAGCGCUCCAGGCCUGGCCACGCUGUGCGGCAACCAGCUGCCCGCUGCCAUCAGCUCCUCUGGCCAUCAGCUCUACCUCAAGCUCCGCACAGACAGCACCGUCAGCACUGGAGGCUUCGUCGCUUCGUACAUCUCCAAAUGCCUCGGCAUCCUGAUCUCAGGCCGGCACAACGGCGUGGUGGAGUCACCCAACUUCCCUAACGACUACCCAGACUACUCCCAGUGCAGCUGGACCAUCCAGGCCAGCAGUGGAAACACCAUCAACUUCACCUUUACUGCCUUCCAGCUGGAGCCUGUGUCCGCCAACUGUACCUACGACUACGUCAAGCUCUAUGAUGGGCCCAACCAGCAGGCUCCUCUGAUUGGUACAUUCUGUGGAUUCACGCCACCACCAGCCAAUAGCAGCACAGGCUCCGCCCUCACGCUGGUGUUCCACACGGACUCCCAUUUUUCCAUGUCUGGCUUUCAGAUGAUGUGGUACCAGAACGGUUGUGGCGGGGACCUCUCUGGCCCCAGCGGCUCCCUCAGCAGCCCAGGCUACCCAGACCGGUAUCCAGAAAACAGAGAGUGUUUCUGGUACAUCGUCACAUCGCCGGGCAGCAGCAUCACCCUGACUAUCCAUGAGUUUGAUGUGGAGUUUCACCAGGACUGCAACUAUGACGUUCUAGCAGUGUAUGGAGGUCCGGACACAUCAGCCCCUCAGCUAGCAAAACUCUGCAGCACCACAUCCAACCCGAUGCAGGUCUCCAGCACUGGCAACCAGCUCACAGUGCGCUUCAAGUCUGACGCCUACGUCAGCGGUCGAGGAUUCAAUGCAAGCUGGGCUGAAGCCCCAGGAGGCUGCGGAGGUCCCGUCACAGCUCCAUCAGGAGAGAUCCACUCUCCUUCGUACCCUAACAGCUAUCCCAACAACGUGGACUGUUCGUGGGUCAUCAUGGUGGAUCACAGCCAUCGGGUCUUCCUGAACUUCACAGACCUGGACGUUGAAUAUCACAGCAACUGCUCCUUCGACUACAUAGCAAUCUAUGAUGGUCCAACAGCAUCGGCGCCCAUACUUGCCCAUGUGUGUGGCAGCAGUGUUCCUCUCUCCGUCACCUCGACCCAGAACACCAUCUACGUUCGCUUUAGGUCAGACGGUACCAACAACCGUCGUGGAUUCAGUGCUCGUUUCUCUGAGGCUUGUGGAACCACUAUUGUGGCAGACGAUGAUGGUGGAGCCAUUGCAUCACCGCGGUACCCAGCAGCAUACCCACCCAAUCAGAACUGUAGCUGGAUCAUCAGAGCACAGGAACCAUUCAACCAUGUGACUCUGUCAUUCACUGACUUUGAGUUAGACAUGGUCUUCUCCAACUGCUCACACGAUGCUGUGGAGAUCCUGGAUGGAGACAACUACCAGGCACCGUCCAUAGGACGCUACUGUGGCUCUGACAUACCUCAUCCAGUGACAUCCUUCAGCAACGCUUUGGUGGUCAACUUCAUCUCCGAUGAGUCGGUCUCCAAAACAGGAUUCAGAGCGACCUACUCAGCCUCCAUCUCCGGUUGUGGAGGCGAUCUGGUGAUGGAGAGCGGGGCAUUUAACAGUCCUAACUAUCCAGAUCCUUAUCCACCUAAUGUGGAAUGUGUGUGGACCAUCACCAGUUCUCCAGGAAACCGUGUCCAGCUCUCAUUUAUUGUGUUUCACCUUCAAGGAGACUCUGGCUGUCAGAAGGACUACCUGGAGAUCAGAGAAGGCAGCUCCACUGGGCCUUUAGUUGGUCGCUUCUGUGAAAACUCACUCCCCUCCAACUACACCUCUGUGGUUGGUCACGUCCUGUGGGUUAAGUUUGUCUCCGAUGCAUCAAUUAGCGGAGCAGGAUUCAGAGCCACCUUCUCACACUUGUACGGUGUUGAUGUGGUGGGGGAGUCUGGUCAGAUAGCGUCACCGCUGUAUCCUAGGAUCUAUCCAAAUAACGCCCACUACCGCUGGACCAUAACUGUGGAGGGAAACCGCUACAUCCAGAUCCGCUUCUUGGACAUGGACAUCGAGGACCUGUAUGACUGCUACUAUGACCAGCUCAAAAUAUUUGACGGCCCUACCGUUGAUUUCUACCCUAUUGGGACCUUCUGUGGUUUGACCCUUCCCCAUACUGUGAGAAGUGCAGGAAGCAGUGUCACCCUGCAGUUCCGGUCUGACUCAGUGGUGGGAGGACGAGGCUUCCUGGUGGAGUGGACUGCUGUACAGGACUCUGGACCACCACCCACCAUCGCACCAGAUGCUGUGACCCACUGGAUUGUUGUUAGCAGUAACAAAGUCUGUGAACUCUUCCAUGGCAUCAAGGAGAGGAGAAGUCCUGGUCCUGAUGACUCCAUUAUUGUUCCGGUGCCCAAGUCUGCAUCUCCCAAAUCCUCAAAUGACUUCAGACCUGUUGCAUUAACCUCCCUGGUCAUGAAGUCAUUUGAGAAAAUUGUCAAAGAGUCCAUUCUGACCUGCGUCCAGGAUAAGCUGGACCCACUUCAGUUUGCUUACAGGUCAGGCAGAGGAGUUGAAGAUGCAGAAGUUGGUAUUCGAUCGCUGCUGUCUCCACAGCUCAGGAAUGGUCCGGAUGGGUCAUCUCCACCACUGGGGCAGCGCAUCUGUGGUUCCAGUCCUCCGUCCCCCCUCCAGACUACUGACAACCAUCUUUUUAUUCACUUUGUAACUGAUGCCAGGGAUGAGGCCAGUGGCUUUAAGCUGACAUUUGAAGCCCACAGUCAGGCAUGUGGAGGCUUCAUUGAGUUGAGUGACAAUGAUCCUCCAGGAUACAUCACAUCACCUAAUUACCCUCAGAACUACCCCCAGAACAUUGACUGUGUCUGGGUGAUCACUGUGCCCAAUGGAGAAGCUGUCCAACUGGACUUUGAGGAUGACUUUUACAUUGAGUCCUCAGCCAGCUGUGCACACGACUACUUGGAGCUGCGUGAUGGCACAACUUCCAACUCUGACCUAAUUUCCCAGCUCUGUGGCAACACCCGACCAUCCACCCAGCGUUCAACAGGUUUCUCCAUGCGGCUCAGGUUUCGUACCGACAACAGCGUCACACACAAAGGCUUCAAGGCAAAGUACUCAAUAGCAACAUGUGGAGGUACCUACAUAGGCCAGAGCGGUUCCAUACACAGUCCUGGUUUCCCAGGAUCCAACUACCCUGAUAGCACCAGCUGUGAGUGGUACCUGGAGGGUCCCACAGGACACUACCUCACUCUGAGUUAUGAGAGCUUCAACCUCCAGGCCAGCCCAUCAUGCUCUGCUGACUACGUGGAGAUCAGAGAGUACAAUGCCUCAGGGAACCUACUGAUCCGACACUGCGGCACUGACCUUCCACUUUCCAUGGACACAUCUGACAGUUUCGCCUACGUCAGGUUUGUCAGUGACGGCAGCGUGACUGCAGCUGGAUUCAAGCUGCUGUUUGAAGCCAGCGUUGAAGCCUGUGGAGGUGAGCUGAAUGCUCCCUCAGGAACCAUCUCCUCUCCCAACUACCCGAACCUGUACCCACACAGCCGGGUGUGUCGCUGGGAGCUGGUGGUGGCAGCAGGCCGCAGGGUUACGCUCACCAUAGAUGACCUGCGACUAGAAGACUCUGAUGCUUCCUGUGCAUAUGACUACGUUGAUGUGCGAAAUGGGCUGGCAGCUGAUGCCCCUCGUCUGCACAAAUUUUGUGGUUCAGUACCAGCAGGUACUCAGGUGCGCUCCUCUGGCAACACCAUGGCUAUCGUGUUCCACACAGACGCUGCUGUGUCCAGUGGUGGCUUCAUGGCUUCGUACUCCUCCGACGAGCCUGCAGUGUGUGGUGGAGUCCUGAACAACCCGGCUGGAGAGAACUUUACUUCCCCUGGUUACCUGGUCUCCAACUACAGCAGCAACCUCAACUGUGAGUGGCUGAUUCAGAAUGCACAGCACAUCAACUCCUCUAUCGUGGUGCUGAUAGAAGACUUGCACCUUCAGCACCAUCAGACCUGCAAGGCCGACUUCCUCCAGUUCCGCUUAGGAGACUCGGAUGGGGAGCUGUUGGCCAAGUUUUGUGGGCAGACCACCCCCACAAUUCCGAUUGUGGUCUUUACCCCAGAGCUCUGGGUCAAUUUCCAGAGUGAUGCUUUCCUGGGAGACGUGGGCUUCAAGGCCAAGUACUUGUUUUCUGAAUGUGGAGGCUGGCAGACAGGCGAAGGAGGGGUUUUAUCCAGUCCUAACUACCCCAACCUCUAUCCCAGUCCCAGUCGCUGUGCUUGGCUGCUGGAGGCUCCAGUAGGCCACACAAUCAGCCUAACCUUCAGCUACUUUCAUGUGGAGCCACACGACACAUGUCGCUGGGACUCCGUCACCAUCUUUAAUGGAGGAUCUCCUGGUUCCCCUAUCAUCGGCCAGUACUGUGGUACCACGUCCCCGGGAACCAUCCAGUCAGGGUCCAACAAACUUGCUGUAGUUUUCCUGGCUGACCAUAGUGGUUCCAGUGGAGGAUUCACAGCCUCCUGGUCUACUGAUUCUUCAGGCUGUGGAGGCGUGAUCCAUGCCGAUACAGGAACAAUCAAAUCUCCAAACUAUCCCCAGAACUUCCCAGCCAAUGUGGAGUGUUCUUGGGACAUCAUUGCCCAUGAGGGAAACCACUUGGAGAUGAGCUUCAGUAGUGAUUUCCAGAUUCCAGAUAGCACUGGGACCUGCCAGAGCAGCUAUAUCAAGGUGUGGUCAGGUCGGACCCAAAAUACUGAGAAUCUGCUGUCGACAGGCUGUGGCUCAGCAGCUCCAGGACCCGUCGUUGCUCCAUAUAACAUCAUCACAAGCCGAUUCCAGGCCUCUGAAGCUCCUGGCAAAGGUUUCUCACUCUCCUUCAGCACGAGGUGUGGCACAAAUUUCACCACUUCCAGCGGUCGUGUGGUUUCUCCAAACUAUCCAGCCGACUACCCUAGUGACUCCAGAUGCGACUACUUCAUAGAUGCUGGAGAACAGACUGUGGUUGUCCUCACCUUUCAGACCUUCCAAGUAGAAACACACUCCACCUGUCUGUAUGAUGGUCUGAAGAUCUACGACGUGGCUGCUAAUGGAACUGCUAUUGCCACGUUGUGUGGUAGCGACAUCCCAGGACCCUUUGCCACCUUUGGCCCUAUGUUGCUCCACUUCUACUCUGACUUUGUGUUCCACGACACUGGCUUCAUGGCAGAAUACAGAACCAUUCCAUGUGGUGGUCUUUUCAGCGGCACUGCAGGAACAGUGAGCAGUCCAGGACUCUCCAUGUUCAACUAUCACCACAACAUCAACUGUUCCUACCACAUCAUGGUCCAAGCAGACACAGUGAUCGAUCUCAAGUUUAACACCUUUCAUCUGGAGGCAUCUUCUGCCUGUCGCUAUGACUAUGUGGCGGUCUAUGAUGGACAGGACACCUUGGCACCCUUGCUGGGGAAAUUCUGUGGUGCAGUGCUCCCACCUGAUCUGCGCUCCACCACCAACCAGCUGUUCAUUGUCUUCAGGACAGAUCACACACAAAAUGGGAUUGGCUGGAGAGCUACUUACCACCAAACCCUUGGUCCAGCACAGGGAUGUGGGGGCUUCCUGUCCAUGCCCAUGGGCAUGUUUGGUUCUCCAGAUCCUAACUUGGAUGGCCGCUAUGAGCCGAGUAUGAAUUGCCUGUGGACUAUUCAGAUGCCGGUCAACAAGGCAGUUAAUCUGACCUUCAACUCCUUUGAGCUUGAGAGCUCCUCGACUUGCCGCUACGACUAUGUCAAAGUGUAUGAUGGGGACAGCGUUCACUUCCCUCUGGUCGGGACAUUUUGUGGAAAGUCCAUUCCUGCAUAUUUCAUCUCAAGUGGAAACUUUCUGACUGUUCACUUUGUCUCUGAUGCCAUGGUACAGCUGCCAGGCUUCAACGCCACCUACAGAGCUAUAUCACAUGCUUGCGGUGGGACUCUGAAUGCCACGACCACAAACCAAACCCUGACCUCACCCUCCUUCCCCGGUGCCUAUCCUGCUUUCACCUUCUGUCGCUGGAUACUGGAUGCUCCAGCCCAGGAAACCAUCCAAGUGUCUGUCCAAGCCUUUGUCCUCCAGCCCAGCCAGAGCUGCUCCACAAAUUACCUAGAGAUGAAGGACUGGCCUAUAGGAGACUAUGGGCAGUCACACAAGUUCUGUGCAUCGGACAGCCAUCCUCCAGAUUUCUACAGUUAUGGCAGGACGGUCCUCAUACACUUCAGCUCUGAUGACUUCAUGACUGGAAAUGGUCUCAGUUUCACCUAUCAGAUCGCUAGUUGUAGCCGAACCUAUGAACAGGAAUAUGGUUACCUGAAGAGUCCAGGCUGGCCUGGCACUUACCCCCACAGCAUGGACUGCACCAUCAUCUUGAAGGCACCACAGAACAGCUACAUCUCCUUCUUCUUUAACAGUUUUGAUGUGGAGUACCACUCCGACUGUAAUUCAGACUAUUUGGAGAUCCGUAACGGCAGUACAGCAGACUCAUCACUGAUUGGUCGGUUCUGUGGCAGCACCCUGCCGAGCCCCAUCUUCCCACAAUCCAACCUGCUUUACUUACGCUUCAAGAGCGACUUUUCCGUCACACGAAAUGGCUUUGAGGCCACAUGGACGUCCUCUCCUCAAGGCUGUGGUGGCACUCUGUAUGGAGACCACGGCUCAUUCUCAAGUCCCAACUACCCAGGAACCUAUCCCAACCAUACUCACUGUGAAUGGGCCAUCAGGGCACCCAGAGGUGAUGUGGUGACCAUCACCUUUGCCCAGAUCAGUAUUGAUGACCCUGGAGAUUGUCAGAAUAACUUCUUAAAGCUGUAUGAUGGCCCAGAUGAUUCCUCACUGCCAGUUGGACCUUACUGUGGAAUGGAAACCAACAUCGCUCCUUUCAGGGCCUCCUCCAACCAGGUCUACAUCGUUUUCCAGGCACAGUACUCCACUCUGCCGUCAGGGUUCAGACUCACCUGGAGCAGCUGAAAGACUGUCUUCUUCACACAUCGCCUCACACACACACACACACACACACAUACACACACACACACACACACACACACGUCAUCAUUUGCUGUGCGUCCAA